AUGACUGGCAAAACACAAACCAGCAACGUUACAAACAAGAAUGAUCCAAGGUCAAUCAACUCAAGAGUUUUCAUUGGCAACUUGAAUACUGGGAUUGUCAAAAAAACUGACAUUGAAGCAAUUUUCGCUAAAUAUGGAAAAAUAGUUGGCUGCUCAGUACACAAAGGAUAUGCAUUUGUACAAUAUGUCAGUGAAAGACAUGCAAGAGCUGCAGUAGCAGGGGAAAAUUCACGAAUUAUUGGAGGUCAACCACUCGAUAUUAACAUGGCUGGAGAACCAAAACCCUACAGGCCCAAACUGGGAACAAAGAGACCUCUUUCAUCUUUAUACAGUGGUUAUGACUUUGAUUAUGAUUACUACAGAGAAGAUUUCUACAAUCGCUUGUUUGAUUAUGGACGUGUGCCACCUCCACCACGUACAGUGAUCCCAUUAAAACGCCCACGCAUGACUGCACAAACAACUCGCAGAGGGAAAGGUGUUUUUUCAAUGAAAGGAGGAUCAAGGACGGCAUCAGGAGGUACAUCUUCUGGAUCUAAAUUGAAAUCUGAUGAGCUGCAAACAAUCAAAAAGGAACUGACCCAAAUCAAAACUAAAAUUGACUCUUUGCUGGGUAGACUGGAAAAAAUUGAAAAACAGCAGAAGGCUGAAACAGGAGGUCAGAAAAAGCUAAUUGAUGAUCAUACAGAUUUGAUUCAUGAAGAAUGUAAAUCAGAAACUGCAGAAAACUCCACCGAAGAACAUGCAGAUGGAGAUCAGGAUGUCGAUGGAGAAGAAAUGACUGAUGGGAUUGAAGAAGAUUUUGAUGAAGAUGGGAGCAAUGAGCUGGCAUGGUAG